UCUAACAAAGUCCAAAAUUGAGGCUGUGAAAAUACCCAAAAAUCCAACACCAAAUAAUGCAAAUAUUUAUUCAAUCAUAGCCUCUCAAUCCACCAUUGCAACCCAUUUCCUUUUUCAUGGCUUCCACUAUGCAGAAGCCACUUUGUUUAUUUUGCCCACUCCUUUUCCAUCUUAUUCCUUUACUGGUAUUUUCUGUUCAUGUUCUUGCUACUGUAUCCACCGCUGCUGUUCAAACUGAAGUAGAAGAAGCAGAUGCUCUUUUGAGAUGGAAGGAUUCUCUGGAUAAUCAAAGCCAAUCUUUCCUGUCUUCUUGGAAUACUACUGCUGGCAGUGGCAGACCUUGCAAUUGGUUUGGCAUCCACUGCAAUAAGGCAGGAAGUGUCACCAAUAUAAGCCUUAAAGAUACAGGUUUGAAAGGUACGCUUCAGAGUUUCAGUUUUCCAUCCUUUCCCAAUCUUGUCUGGCUUAACCUUAGUAAUAACUCAUUCCAUGGCAACAUUCCUUCCCAUAUUAGCAAUCUAUCCAAGCUCAACAUCCUUGACUUGUCUGUCAAUGAAAUCUCUGGUUCAAUUCCUCAAGAAAUUGGGAUGUUAAAUUCUCUCACUUACAUUGAUUUAUCAAAUAAUCUUCUCACUGGUACAAUACCACCUUCUAUAGGGAAUUUGACAACACUGCCAAUUCUCUACAUUCAUAUGAACCAACUUUCAGGUUCCAUACCUCAAGAACUUGGAAUGUUGAAAUUUGUCACUGAGAUUGAUUUGUCAGUAAAUAGUCUCACUGGCACAAUUCCAGCUUCUAUAGGAAACUUGACAAAUCUAUCAGCUCUUUCUCUUAAUAGCAAUCAACUUUCUGGUUCCAUACCUCGAGAAAUUGGCAUGCUGAGGUCACUUACUGAACUUGCUUUGUCACAAAAUAAUCUCACUGGUCCAAUUCCAUCUUCUAUAGGAAACUUGACAGCCUUAUCUUCUCUCUAUCUCAGUGAUAACCAACUUUCCAAUUCCAUACCUAGAGAAAUUGGGAAGUUGACAAAGCUAACUACUCUCUUCCUUGAAAUCAAUGAACUUUCUGGAACUCUACCUUUAGAGAUGAACAACUUCACUCUUUUGGAAUUUUUCAUAGUAUAUUCUAACAGAUUCACUGGUCAAUUACCACAAGACAUAUGCGUUGGUGGACGAAUUAAGUCUUUUGCAAUUAAUGGAAAUAAUUUCUCGGGUACCAUCCCAAGAAGCCUUAGAAACUGUAGCCGCUUAAUGAGACUCCAUCUGGAGAGAAACCAAAUCACUGGAAAUGUAUCUGAAGAUUUUGGCAUAUAUCCAAAGUUGAACUAUAUGGAUUUGAGUGAUAACAAAUUUUAUGGUGAGCUUUCAUUGAAAUGGGAAGAUUUCAGCAACUUGUCUACCCUGAAAAUCUCUAACAAUAAUAUCUCUGGCACAAUACCAGCUGAACUUGGAAAUGCAAGUCAAUUGCAUUCACUUGACCUCUCAUCAAAUCAGCUGGUGGGGAAGAUUCCAAAGGAAUUGGGGAAAUUAACAUUGUUCGAACUUUCUCUUGAUGAUAACAGGCUAUCAGGAGGCAUUCCUGAAGAAAUUGGACUGUUAUCUGAUCUUGAACGCCUUAACUUUGCAGCAAACAACCUGAGUGAAGCAAUUCCUAAAAAGAUUGGAGAUUGCUCAAAACUGUUGUUCUUGAAUCUCAGCAAGAACAAAUUUGCAGAGAGUAUUCCUUUAGAGGUGGGCAAUUUACGCGUUCUUGAAAGUCUUGAUCUUAGUCAAAAUUUGUUAACAGGAGAGAUCCCGCCACAACUGGGAGGGUUGCAAAGAUUGGAGACACUGAACCUCUCCCACAAUUUGCUGUCAGGUUCCAUUCCAACUACUUUUGAUUAUGUAUCAAGCUUGACUGUGGUGGAUUUAUCCAAUAAUGAGUUAGACGGCCCAAUUCCCCACAAUAAAGCCUUCGAGCAGGCUCCAUUUGAAGCACUUCAAAACAACAGAGACUUGUGUGGCAAUAACACUAGACUAAAGGCAUGUGUCUCUGUUGCAAUCAACAAAACUAUCAGAAAAAAGGAUAGUAAAUUGGUUGUUCUCAUUCCUCUCGUGUGUAGUCUGUUUCUAUUUAUUGUCUUGGUUGGAGGUUUCUUCAUUCUCCGCCAAAGAAUUAGAAACAGAAAAGCUAACUCAGAAGAAGGGGAGUCAAGUGGCAAAGAUAUUUAUGCAGUAUGGGGUCGUGAUAGAGAUAUGCAAUAUGAAAACAUUGUUAAGGCUACAGAGGCGUUCAAUUCCAAGUAUUGCAUUGGGGUAGGAGGAUAUGGAAUUGUCUACAAGGCUGUGCUGCCAACUGGUCGAGUGGUUGCUGUGAAGAAACUUCACCAGUCACAAAAUGGAGAAAUGACUGAUUUCAAAGCAUUUACAAGUGAGAUUUGUGUGUUGAUGAACAUACGUCAUCGAAACAUUGUCAAGUUACAUGGUUUUUGUUCACAUUCAAAACACUCAUUUUUGGUUUAUGAAUUCAUGGAAAGAGGAAGUUUAAGAAGUAUUUUAAGCAAUGAGGAACAAGCAGUGGAGUUGAAUUGGUUUAAGAGGCUAAAUGUUGUUAAAGGGAUAGCUAAUGCAUUGGCCUACAUGCACCAUGACUGCUCUCCUUCAAUCAUCCAUAGAGACAUUUCCAGUAACAAUGUUCUGUUGGAUUCAGAAUUUGAGGCUCAUGUCUCUGAUUUUGGAACAGCUAGGCUUUUGAUGCCAGACUCGUCAAAUUGGACCUCAUUUGCAGGCACAUUUGGGUACACAGCUCCAGAGCUAGCUUACACAAUGAUGGUCAAUGAAAAAUGUGAUGUUUACAGUUUUGGUGUGUUGACACUUGAAAUUCUAAUGGGAAGACAUCCAGGUGAUUUCAUUUCAUCUGUUUCAUUAACAUUUUCAUUGCCCUCCUCGCCAAUAGAACAGCAGACACUAUUUAAGGAUGUGAUUGACCAACGCCUCCCAACUCCUCAAAACAAAGCUGCUGAGCGAGUGAUGCAUAUUGCGCAACUUGCACUUGCUUGCUUGAGUGCCAAUCCUCAAUCUCGGCCAACCAUGAAACAAGUUUGUUCCCAGCUAAUAGAUAAACAGCAUCCAUUAACUAAGCCGUUCUCAGAAGUGAAAUUGGGAGAAAUUUUUGUUCAAGGAAGUGUCAAGAGCUAAGCCUUUGGGAAAAUGUUUGUAGUGCUGCUUGUAUAAAUGCAUGUUUUAUAGUUUCCUUUUACUUUUCAUGCUUCAGAAACUUUGCUUACCCUGUAAGAUAUGCUACUACGUAGCAAAAUUGUAGUAUAAUGAUAUUGGCAUCUUCAUCGUGA